AUGACAGUCACCCCCUUCGCGCCCAACACGCUCCUCAAACCCUCGCCUCCUAUCUCUCCCACGUCUCCGACCUCACCAGGCGCGUGGGGAAACAGCGCGCCGCUUUCAACCGCGAAUGGCACAAGCAAAGCACAGGCGAAGGCAGCGACAUUCAAACAGAAGACAACAGCGACCGGGUACGGAUACCCGUACCAGCCGUUCACCUACAGGAGCACGGCAGGGAGCAGCCGUGCUGCAGUGAGCCUCGCUUUAAGGAAGAGAGAUGACCUGCUGCGCGAGGCGUCGAGGGCGUGGAGAGGCGGUGGCGGGACGGGGAGGCAUGGGGGUGAAGUUGCCCUUGCCCUUGCGGAUCGGGCACGGGAGUACGGCGAGAUUGCGAGACUUGAGACGCUCGAACGGGCGAGGGAGAUGGUGCUCGACAAGCGUGCAACAUCGACAGACAAACGCACGAUCGACCUGCACGGGACGUGCGUUUCGGAGGCGGUCACGAUCGUACGUGAUAUCCUUGCCUCGGAGGAAUGCUCUGCGUCCAAACCACUGCGGAUCAUCACCGGCCGCGGAACGCACUCUGUGAAUGGCGUCGGCGUGCUCAAGCCCGCUGUCAAGAAUGCCCUCAUUGGUGAAGGCUGGAGCGUCGGCAUUUGGGACGGCGGACUCGUCGUUCGCGGUCGAUCUCGUUCUUAGUGCUCCAGCCAUUCAGCGAAAGACUCGUUUAUGGCUUUCGACGAUUCUCAUUCUUGCUCCCGCCCGAGUCAAUGCCCUCGGAGCUGCCAGCUCUAGGAGGCAUUGCCCUUCUUAAACCUUUCUUGUUUAUUAUCUGAACUGGUUACCAGACUCCCUGCGCUGGACCAAUUUCCACACUUUUCUUUCCCUGUCUCCUGGUCUGGUCUAGUCCUUAGUUGUGAUCACGCCCAGACCAGUUCUUUCUCUAGAUCUAAUACCAUGCGCCCAUCUAUCUUUGCACGUGGGCGCUCUUGUAGCUAUUAGUCCCCCAUCCUGCCCCUUUCUCGCUUCAUAUAUCGCCAGGACUUGGUCGCAUAGAUUUCUU